AUGUAUGGAAUAAACCAGCGCUAUUUCUACAUAUCAUUUAAUUUUUUUGUUCUGUGGUGUCACGCUCAGGGGGAGAAUCACUCGUCUCCUAAUUUUAACCAGUAUGUGAGGACGCAGGGCGCAACGACGGACCAGCUCAGCCGCAGGCAGGUCCGGGUUUACCAGCUCUACAGCCGAACCAGCGGGAAACACGUCCAGAUCCAGGGGAAGAGAGUCAGCGCCACUGCUGAAGAUGGGAACCUGUACGCUCGCCUGUUUGUGGAGACUGACACCUUUGGCAGUCGAGUGAGGAUACGAGGUGCAGAGAGUGGGCUAUACCUCUGCAUGAACCGGAAGGGAAAACUUGUUGGAAAGCCCAACGGCCGCAGCAGAGAUUGUAUCUUCACUGAGAUUGUCCUGGAGAACAAUUACACGGCCUUGCAGAAUGCAAAGUACGAAGGCUGGUACGUGGCUUUUACCAGAAAGGGAAGACCCAUCAAAGCCUGCAGGACAAGGGAGAACCAGAGAGAGGUCCAUUUCAUCAAGAGGCUCCACAUGGGCCCGCCUCACUUCCCCAACACGGACCAAAGCAAAUUUGAGUUCAUCCGAUUUCAGCCCACUGGUCGAGCAAAGCGGAACCGUAAAUCACGUACCUCUGAGUAACAAUCAGCCAAAGCAAUGGACUGGCUUAAGCUGUGAGAAAGGAACAGACAGAUGCAGUUUUAUUUUGUAUAUUUUUG